UGAACGAGAAAGUGUUUACAAGCGAUUCCGUAGCACCAUCGUGGUAGCCCUGAUCGACUUUACUUCAAUUUUUCCUUUUUUCAGUUUAUUGCGGUGCCAACAAUCGGACCGGAUUGAGGGUGUGCGAAUUUAAAAUAUCGCGGAGUGUCGAAAACGGUGACUUUGUGUUGAUUAAUCUUUGGGAUCUGAUUGUUUUGUUUACUGAGUAAGAAUUAUCAUCAAAGAUGCGUAACAAAUCCACAUUUUUCAUAUUUUUCUUACUCUGCGCCUCGAUGUCCGGAUAUGGUCUGAAUCUGGAAGUGAUCAAUCAGUGGAGCUUGUUGCAGUUUGAUCCUCCAUAUGGAUUCGAAUCAGUUGAUUUCAGACCAGAAAACACAGUAUUUACGGGGCUAGAGAUCACGGAUGACCGCAUUUUUCUCGCUAUGCCUAGGCUAAGGGCUGGUGUACCAGCCACUCUCGCCACAAUUCCCCGUCACACCCAACCAGGUUCGAGUCCCAAACCUCAACCUUAUCCAGACUGGUCUUUUCAUGGUGCUGGAUUGGGUUUGGACAACGUUACAUCAUGCGAUGGUUUCAUGUCCGUUUAUAGAAUGAGGUUGGAUUCUUGUGGAAGGCUUUGGGUCUUAGACGCAGGAGUGAUGACUUCAAUUGAUGAUUUCCAAAGACUUUGCAACCCUAAGCUGGUAGUGUUCGACCUAAAAACCGACCAAGUAGUCAGAAGGGUUGAAUUUCCGAAAGAAGUUCUUCGACCGGCUACCUUAUUGGCCAAUUUAAUUAUCGAUGAAUCCAUCCAGGGAACUUGCGAUUCUGCCUUUUUAUAUUUGGCUGACACUGCUGCUCCAGCUAUUGUGGUUUAUGACGCCCUCAGGGACAGAACCUGGCGGGUGACACACCCCAGUAUGUUCCCAGAUCCAAAUUUUGCCACUUACACCAUUACUGACGAAUCGUUUACUUUGCCCGAUGGUGUAGUUGGUCUAGCGCAUUCGCCAAAAUUAGCCACCUUAUUCUUCCAACCUUUGGCCACAGAUAGGAUAUUCAGCAUCCCAACAGCAGCUUUAACCAAAGGACCUCCAGCAGAAUUUGAAGAAGUCCCAGUUUCUCUUGCCGGAAGAAAAUCAUCUCAAGGUUUAGGUUUGGCCUUGAAUCCUAACGAUGAUACUUUAUAUUUUAGUCCUUUAACUGAAACUUCUUUGGCUUCAUGGAAUCCAUUGACUAAUCAACAACAACUUUUGGCAUACGAUCCCAAACUGAUUCAAUUUGCUUCAGAACUGAGAUGGAAAGCAGACGGUAUAUGGUUCCUUAGCACGAGGUUCCAGAAAUUCUUUAAAAGAACAGUCACUCCAAAUGAGAUUAAUCUAAGAAUAAUACGAGUCCCAUUAAACUCUCCAUCUUACAAUAACUUGAACAAUAAUUUAUAUUAUUAAGUUAAGUAUAUGGAGCAAUGUGGAAAAUUAUACCUCUCUAUUAAGACUUUAUACUAUUAGGAGCAGAUUUUAAUAUUUAGAAAGCAAAAGUAUGUACACCUACAUGAAUUCUUAGGAAAGUAUUGAAAGAAAUUCUUUAGAAGUACAUAUUAGUAUAACUUAAUUAAAUGUAAUUAAAUUAACAUAAAUCCUCAGGAGCCAUUAUUAUUGUAAAUAUUUGAUUAUAGAGACAAUGUGUGUGAUUCUUUUAAAAAUAACUCAUAAAUUAACUGUUCUACUAAUGAUUUUGUAUUUAUUUUUGUACUUUUUAUAGUGUUAAGAAUUGUGUAAAUAAAGCUAAAAAAAGUUGUU